AUGUUAUCAUCAAAUGAAGUUGUAAGAUGGGAAUGGCAGCCAUUCAACAAUAAUAUUAUACAUAAUGGGUAAACUCUAAGAAUAGAAGCUUCUAAAGUUAUUAAAUACUAAAAUUCUAACCAAGAGUAUUAACUUGAUUUAAAGUUAUGGAAACCCUUUCCAUUUAGUUCAAAUAUUGGUUGGAAUUGGCACAAAUCUUGGAACAUCCCUGAAUUAGAGUGUUAAUUAAAAGUAAUAUACAUACUUUUAACAUAUAGAUCGAUGAUGAUUUGGACCAUCAUAUACUGAAUACACUAACAAUAGUGGCAAAUCUCUACAUUGUCAAACAUAAUUACGAUAAAAUGGAAAUGGAAAGCAUAGGAUGCAAAGGCUCUUCUGAAGGUGUCUUCAGAAAUGGAAUUUCAAUAUUAAGAUAAUUAAAGUUCAAUACAACCUCAUAUAAGAAUGAAGUAAUAUGUUAUGAUUAAUUUUUAAGUAUCAAAAGUUCCAAAUAGUUGUGGUAAUAAGUUAGAUCAAUAGCAGCCAGUAAUCCGUUAUCGAUGCUAAAUGUUCCCCUUAUAUAUUUGUAGAUUCUAGAAAGCAUGCCAGAUAACAAGCUUUGAAUAAUAACAUAUAAUUAAUUAUAGAUCCUUUUUUACCUGAGAAUUUGGAUAAAGAAUUUGUAAAAAAGGAAAGAAAAAAUUAACCUAAAUGUUUAUUAAAAGUUGAUAAUACAAUUCAAGGGUUAAUUAAUUACUUCACUGCUCCAAAUAUUAGACACAAAAUAAAACACCCUUUAUUCUUGGCUAUUAAAUUUGACAAAUGUGUAAAAUUAUAUUUGAAGAAAUAAUAUUUUGUAAAAAAUUCAAAAGAUGCUAUUAUAAAAGUAUAGAGUAUUUUGAUGAAAUCAAAUUAAGAAAGAAAAUAUUCAGAUAAAGGAAUGGCUUUACUCUUUUAAGUUGAUUAAACUAAUGAAUUAGAAUUUAAGAAAGUAAAUAAUUAUAUUUAUCAUAAGGUUUAUGAAAUAUCUCAAAUCUUUGAAAACGAAAUAUUUAUGCUUUAUAUGAAACAGGAUUAAAUACCUGAAGAUUAUACACUAAUUGAAGAUAUUUCAAGAAUGAGGUAUCAUUAUAAACAGUUAUAUCCUAAUUUAAUCAAUUAAAAAAGCUUAAUAAAUUUUUAAUCUGAUAAUUAAGAAGAAUAAUCAAAUUUAAAGUAAAUAAAAUUGAAUGAAUAGAAUAAUGAGAACUAAAUAGAUACUCAUUUAUCAAUUAAAUAGUGUCAUUAAUAAAUAUAAUAGAAGGAUGACUAUAAUAAUAAUUAAAUUCUUAAUUAUAAUAAUUAGCUUUCAUAUUAUUAUAAUUAAUUUUAACAAUAAUAAUAAUAAUAAUAAUAAUAAUAAUAAUAAUAAUAAUAAUAAUAAUAAUAAUAAUAAUAAUAAUAAUAACAAUUCUAAUUGUAAUAAUAAUAAUUGUACAACAAUAUGUAGUAACAACAGAUAUAUUAAUAGCAAUAAUAUUACAUGAUGCAACAAUAACAUUAUUAAUACAAUAGAUUCUAUUGA